AUGAUUUCUCGUCUCCUUUCCUCCUUCGCGGUUGUAUCUUCCAUCUCGGCAUUCGUAUUGGACAACCCGCUACAGCUCCUGCAGGCAUCAGCCGGUGUUAACAAUACAACCAUCAUCACCACCACCAACAAUAAGAACAUCCUCCCACUCUUCUCCCUCCCUCCAAGUCCAAAUCCAAGCUCGAAUUUUCCCAUCACCAGCCUCGUCUCCUACGUCUGCAACGGCGACGCCUUCGGCCACGACCUUAACGUCGACUCCUGCACCGACGCCAUCCGUUUCCUCGGCGUCAAUACAACCCAGCUCAGCUUCGGCAUGCGCAAUACAGGCGCCUUCGACAUCGGCCUGCCGCAGAGGUACAUCAGCUCAGAUGGGAAAUGCGCGAUAGAACCGACACUGGAACCAGAUAAGGAGCUUGCGAGGGCCAGCGCGGAGGAUGUGGCCGUGGCGGCGUUUGUGGUGGUGAGGAAUUGUGCGGCGAAGCAGGGGGGAAAAGGGGGGAUUGCGAAGGAUAUUGGCGGCGACGACAACCUGCGCAUCGUGGUGUCCAAAUACGAUCCCGCCCACGUGCGCUGCUACGGCAAGAUGCGCCGACCACAGGUGCAGGUGUCGUGUCAGGGGAUAUUGGAUUCGAUGCGGACGAGUAACGAGAAUGUCUAUUUCGGUCCGCGGGGUGAUCCGUUGACGAAUGUGGGGUUGCCGUUUUCGUUGUUUUCGGGUUAG